GAAGAUUCUGAGUGACUGAGAGGUAACGUUAGUGUGGGCUCCAACUCCUUCACCGUAAGCACAUAUGAGCGAGAGAACUUUUACGAGGAAUUUACAUCGAUAAUCGAAGAUGAAUUCCCGACUCUCGCUGUGGUCCCUUGGUAUACAUCUCGUCCUGUGGUACUGCCAUCUUCCCGCUGAAGCGCAGGUUAAGAGAGUCGUUCCAGGACUUGUGGUGGAGCCCCGCUCCCUGGACGUAGAUGUCGGUUUGGAUGUCACCUUCAACUGUAAAUGGGUCGGCUACCAACCCCGCGCCGUCAGCUGGACCAAGAAGGGCAACAGCACCGUACUCAGCAAUACCAACCAGCUGCACCUGAAGUCUGUGAGUCAGUCCGACGCCGGUCAGUACAUGUGCAAAGCCCUGGUUCCACGCAUCAUCGCUGAGAAAGCCGUCACGCUGACAGUCAACGGCCCUCCGGUUGUCUCUGGAGACUCGGUGCAGUAUGCGGUUCGGGGGGAGACAGGGGAGGUCAAAUGUUACGCUGCAGGCUCGCCUCCGCCAGACAGGAUUUUGUGGGCCUGGAAGGAUGAGGCAGUGCCUGAGAGGUACACGGUGGAGCAGAGCAAGGUGCACACGCUGGGCGGGGCUGUCCUCUCCACCCUCAUCAUCAACAGCGUGACGGAGGCCGACUUCCAGUCUCCGUUCAACUGCACCGCCUGGAACGCGUACGGGCCCAGCACCAUGACCAUCGCCCUGGAGGAGACGGAGCGGGGCUCGACCGCCCACCUGGACCUGACGGAGCUGAUCGGGGUGCCCCUCCCGCCGUCCGUCUCCUUCAUCACGGGCUACGAGGGCUUCCCGGCCUACAGCUUCGGGCCGGACGCCAACGUGGGCCGGCUGACCAAGACCUUCGUGCCGGACCCCUUCUUCCGCGACUUCGCGGUGGCGGUGACGGUGAAGCCGGCCGGGGCGCGCGGCGGCGUGCUGUUCGCCGUCACCGACGCCUUCCAGAAGCUGGUGUACCUGGGCCUGGCGCUGACGCCGGUGGAGGACCAGACGCAGCGCAUCAUCCUGUACUACAGCGAGCGGGGGUCCUCGCGCUCGCAGGCCGUGGCGUCCUUCAAGGUGCCCGACAUGUCCAACCGCUGGAGCCGCUUCACGCUGACGGUGGAGGGCCACGAGGUGCGGCUGUACAUGGACUGCGAGGAGUACCACCGCGUGGCCUUCCAGCGGGGCGCCGGACGUCUGCGCUUCGAGGCCAGCUCCGGCAUCUUCGUGGGCAACGCCGGCGGGACCGGCCUGGAGAGAUUCGUGGGCUCCAUCCAGCAGCUGAUUUUGAUGCCUGACCCCAGGGCUGCAGAGGUGCAGUGUGAGGAGGACGAUCCUUACGCCUCUGGGUACGGCAGUGGGGACGACAGCCUCGACGACAGGGAGACGGUGGACGAAGUGAAGAAGCGUGUGGACGAGAAGGAGCUCACCUCUCCAUGGCCAGAGGACUUCCAGGGGGCACCGGUGCGAGCCCCGCCCACACAGUCGCCCUAUGAGGAUGAGGAGGGCUCUUACUCCGGCGACGCCCGGCCCACGGAGGAGCCCACCUCCAGCCAGGGCAUCGUCCUGGCAACGGAGACAGAGUCAGGCCCCACCGAGAGCAGCAAUCAAGGAGAAGGAUCAGUAACCAAAGGGGAGCGUGGGGACCAGGGCCCCCCCGGCCCUCCUGGGGCCCCGGGGCCCCCCGGACCCUCUGUGCCCACCCGGGUGGGGAGUGCUGAGGCAGGACAGCCAGGCCCUAGGGGCCCCCAGGGGCCUCCCGGGCCAAGGGGAGACACAGGACUGCCAGGGGCCGAUGGCCAACCUGGGAUCCGGGGCACAGACGGAGUUACAGGAGAACAGGGGCCGCAAGGAUUCCCGGGAUUGGCGGGAGAUCCGGGACUCAAGGGAGAAAAGGGGGACACUGGAGUGGGGCUCCGCGGGCCCCCAGGACCACCCGGCCCCCCAGGAUCUUCCAGCACUUCCAGACGUCCCGACGGUAUUGAUGCCUAUGGUUCCGGGUUCGGUGAGUUCGACAGCGAUGCAGAGAUGGUCAGAGGUCCCCCCGGUCCUCCGGGCCCCCCAGGGAAACCUGGCCCCCCAGGUCCCAGCAUGCCCUCUGGCUCCACCGUCAGCCCGCUGGCACCACCUGGCAUCCCUGGCGUCCCAGGGCAUGAUGGGAAGGAUGGAGAGCCAGGUAAACCCGGGCUACCGGGACCCCCAGGAGCGGAUGGGGCAGUCGGACUAGCAGGAGAGAAAGGAGGCAAGGGCGACACAGGCUUGACUGGACCAGCUGGGCCGAAGGGUGAGGCGGGAAUGGUAGGCAUCCCCGGCCUCGUUGGACCCGAGGGCCCGGUGGGCCCCGUUGGGCACCAUGGCCCUCCGGGGCCCCCAGGACCACCGGGGGCCCCAGGAUCCGGCCUUGCCCUGGACUUGGAGGACCUGGAAGGUUCCGGAAGACUGGGGACUGCGCUCGGGACGCCUGGCCCUCAAGGCCCACAGGGGCCUCCAGGACUUCCAGGUGUGCCAGGACCCAAGGGGGCUGACGGCACGCCGGGCGUGGGAGCGAAGGGUGCACCAGGAGAUCCAGGGAGGGUGGGAACCCCAGGUGUGCCAGGGAUACCUGGACUAAGGGGAGAAAAAGGAGAGAUGGGCUUCGCUGGAUCUAAGGGCGAGCGCGGGGCCCUCGGCCAGAGCGUCACCGGCCCCCCGGGGCCCCCCGGACCCCCAGGACCAAUCAUCAGCCUCCAGGACCUCCUGCUUAAUGACACAGACGGCAUGUUUAACUUCACCGACAUUCAGGGACUUCCUGGGCCCAUGGGACCUGAAGGCCUGCCAGGUCGAGCAGGAUUUCCUGGACCCAGGGGCGUGAAGGGUGACACAGGACCCCCAGGGAUCCAGGGCCCCUCGGGGCUGAAGGGCGAGAAGGGCGAAUCUGGGGUCACCAUCGCCGCAGACGGAUCUCUGAUGACUGGGCUCCGAGGGCCGCAGGGGCCCAAGGGAUUCAAGGGUGAACGUGGUUUCCCCGGACCAGUCGGACUCAUGGGCCCCAUUGGACCACAGGGACCGAAAGGAGAGUUUGGGUUCCCCGGACGCCCGGGCCGUCCCGGGAUGCUGGGGAAGAAAGGAGAGAAAGGAGACUCGGACAGCCAGCCGGGUCCCCCCGGCCCCCCCGGACCACCGGGUCGCCCCGGACCCCUCAACUGCCCCAAAGGAACGGUUUUCCCGGUCCCUCCCCGACCGCACUGCAAAACUCCAGUUAAUGCGGACAAGGAUUCAACAGACGGGUCGGAUUGUAGAGGAAGGACCGGGGGCAAAGGGGAGAAGGGAGAUCCAGGUGUCCCAGGACUGCCAGGAAGCACAGAUUCCUGGCACUUCAAUGGCGUUGUGGGGGACAAGGGGCACCCCGGCUACAAGGGGGAGAAGGGGGAGAGGGGCGAGGCUGGCCUUACCGGCCCCCCUGGGCUUCCUGGGAGGUCUGGCCUGGUGGGGCCCAAAGGCGAAUCCGUUGUUGGUCGUCAGGGCCUGCCUGGGAGUCCAGGCCAACAAGGACCUCCAGGGUAUGGGAGAACGGGACCUCAAGGCCCCCCCGGGCCCCCAGGACCGCCUGGGCCCCCUCCUCUCUUUGGUUCCGCUGUUGCUGUCCCUGGCCCCCCCGGCCCACCCGGCCCCCCAGGACUGGGAAGCCCGGUGACCACGUACAGGUCCGUGGAGACCCUGUUUCAGCACAUGCACCGCUCGCCCGAGGGCACCAUGGCGUACGUCUCGGAGAAGAGCGAGCUCUACAUCAGAGUGCGAGACGGAUGGAGGAAGGUUCAGCUCGGCGAGCUAAUCAGCCUCCCCGCGGACAGCCCCUCCCCCGCAGUGCUGUCCCGCACGGGAGGGCUCGCCUACAGCGACCUCAUCACCCAGGGACAGGUGUACCUCCCCGGAUACAACAUCCUGGCGCACAGCAUACACACGGGCCCGGGGCUCCACCUGGUGGCCCUGAACGCGCCGUACUCGGGCAACAUGGGCGGGACCCGCGGAGCGGACAACCAGUGCUACCAGCAGGCCCGGGCCAUGGGUCUGCUCACCACCUACCGGGCCUUCCUGUCCUCACACCUGCAGGACCUGGCCACCAUCGUGAAGAAGGGCGACCGCUUCAACGUGCCCAUUCUCAACCUCAAGGGAGAGGUGCUCUUCCACAACUGGAUGUCCAUCUUCUCCGGGAACGGGGGCGUGUUCCAGCCUGGAAUCCCCAUCUACUCCUUCGACGGCCGGAACGUGAUGACAGACCCGUCUUGGCCCCAGAGGAUGGUGUGGCACGGCUCCAACGCUGACGGCAUCCGCCUGACGUCCAACUACUGUGAGGAGUGGCGCACGGGGCACAUGGCGGUGACGGGACAGGCGUCCCUGCUGCAGAGCGGGAGGAUCCUGGGCCAGCACACGCGCAGCUGCUCCAACCAGUUCAUCGUGCUCUGCAUCGAGAACAGCUACGCGCCGGACGCUUACCGAACCUAGCCGCCCGCAGCUCCUAACCCCCGCCCGGAUACACCCCCUAACCCCCGCCCAGAACCCCUAACCCACGCCCGGAUACACCCCCUAACCCACGCCCGGAUACACCCCCUAACCCCCGCCCGGAUACACCCCCUAACCCACGCCCGGAUACACCCCCUAACCCCCACCCAGAUACACCCCCUAACCCCCACCCAGAACCCCUAACCCACGCUCGGAUACACCCCCUAACCCCCAUCCAGAUACACCCCCUAACCCACGCCCAGAACCCCUAACCCCC